UGCUCUGACGUCACACGUAAGGUCAAGAGGAAAGAAGCAUGGCCGCUGUGUUGAGAGGGUCCCGGUACCUAGGUGGAAAGUGUUGCAAGCAUGUUGACUUUGCAUUCGUCUCCGCUAGGUCUAUGGCCUCGAAGACAUUGGUGGGGUUCGUUGGUUUGGGCAACAUGGGAAACCCAAUGGCAAAGAACCUGCUGAAGCACGGAUACCCGGUCAUCGCUACGGACGUGUUCCCGGAGUCCUGCAAGGAAGUGCAAGAGCUGGGCGCUCAGAUUGUGGAUAAUCCUGCUGAGGUAGCAGAUAAGGCUGACCGCAUUAUCACCAUGCUCCCCUCUAGUCCCAAUGUCGUCGAUGUGUACACUGGACCCAAUGGCAUUCUGAAAAAGGUGAAGAAAGGCUCCCUGCUCAUCGACUCCAGCACCAUCGACCCAGCUGUUUCAAAAGAGAUGGCUGCUGCUGCUGAGAAGAUGGGGGCAGUUUUCAUGGAUGCACCUGUAUCAGGAGGUGUGGGUGCAGCCAGUUCGGGUAAACUGACUUUUAUGGUUGGAGGUGCAGAGGAGGAAUUUACUGCAGCCAAAGAACUGCUCACCUGCAUGGGAGCUAAUGUGGUGUACUGCGGUCAGGUUGGAACUGGACAGGCUGCUAAAAUCUGCAACAACAUGCUUCUAGCCAUUGGAAUGAUUGGGACUUCAGAGACCAUGAACUUGGGAGUCAGACUUGGUCUUGAUCCCAAACUGUUGGCCAAGAUCCUGAACAUGAGUUCAGGUCGGUGCUGGUCCAGUGACACCUACAACCCUGUGCCUGGAGUCAUGGAGGGAGUCCCGUCCGGGAAUAACUACCAGGGAGGCUUCGGCACCCAGCUGAUGGCAAAGGAUCUAGGCCUCGCACAGAACACGGCCACCAGCACAAAGACUCCUGUUCCUCUCGGCUCCUUAGCCCAUCAGAUCUACCGUAUGAUGUGCGCACGCGGAUAUGCCAAUAAAGAUUUCUCCUCCGUGUUCCAGUUCCUGCGUGAGGAGGAGGGCCAGUAAUUUCAGCCUCCACCCCGUCCACAGCCUGGCCCUGCACAGGACGAACAUAGCGUAGUUCGGGUGCAUUUCGCCCUGAGGACUUUCUUUUUCAAAGUUGUAAAAGACAUGAAACCAAGAAAGCUCCAACACAGUGUGACCAAUCAUGUGAGCACUUCUGUCCUAUUGGAAAUCAUGUUUCCUGUGUGAUCUAGCCUACUUAAAAUGCAGCACUUCUUUCAGUUUUAGAAGCAAGUGAACUGUGAGACAUACAGUGGAUCCAAAAGUAGUAGACUGUCAAGCAAUGGCAGCUCUGCAGAUCGUCUUUCAAGAAGUUAGCUCUGUUUUGUCAAAGCUUAACAACUGCAAACAGGGUUUAGUCUUCACAUAUGUAUCUAUUGUUUGUAAUCAUUUCUUUAUGUUACUUUGUUUUUCUGUUGACGGUGUUACUUCUCUUGACAGUGAAACUGUUACUUUGGCUUUUUAAUAUCAUAUCCUGUUGAGAAAUAAAGACAAAUUGGGAUGUCUUAAA